AUGAAGUUAGAACCAGUUGCUAUUGUUACUGGGGCAACAAGAGGUAUUGGUAAGAGCAUCGUUGAAAGGCUUUCUCUUCAUGGGGUUAAUUGUGUAGGGAUAGGGUCAUCGAUGCGGUCGAUAUCUAAUGAAGAAUUGAGAAGGUCAAUGAAACACGUCAGUAAGAAUCAAAGACAUAGGUUGCUUGCUAUUGACUUUAGUGAAUGGCCAACUUGGGUAGAUUCUAAACGUGAAUUCCAGGGCAUUGAAUAUUGUGCAAAUGGUAGAGAAGAGGUUGGGGACUUUAAGAUUUUUGAUAUGUUGAAGAGUUGGAAUAGUCAAGAUAAAGAGGUUAGAUAUUACUUAAGUCUUUUGAUCAACUGUGCUGGCAUUACACAAGAAUCGUUGAGUAUACGUACAGACAGUGCUGAGAUGAAGAAUAUAAUGAAUAUAAAUUUGCUAAGUCCAGUGAGCAUGUGUAAUUUAACGAUUAAAAAUAUGAUUAAAGAUAGGAAGACCAUUGGUGCUGAUAAGCCCAGAUAUAUACUGAAUGUGUCGUCGGUAUUGGGCAAACCGAAGGUGUAUCUUCCUGGGACAUCUCUCUAUUCAGCGUCAAAAGCCGGACUGGGUCAAUACAGUAAUGUGUUAGAGCAAGAGGUGAGUAAGUACGGUAUUAUAACGAAGAGUGUUCAGUUGGGACCUAUUCAAGAUACAGAUAUGGUCCAAAAUUUGAAAUCCAACGGUAUUCAACUUGAUGAAUUUGCCAAACGGCUAGGCAUUCCAGUGUCAACCAAAGCUGAAGCGACUAGGUUGAUCUUAGAUGAGUACCUAGAGAAGUUGUUGGAAAGUGGGCAAGUGAGUGGCACAGUCUAG